CGCGGUGCUACGUGCAGACCAACGGCGCUCCCUGGUGGAAGGUCUACUAAAAAACUGGCACCAGUACAACCGCAGCCUGAAGAAGCUGCAGAGGUUCCUGUCUGACACUCAUGCUCUACUACCGCCCACUGGUCCACCACGCUGCAGCCUACAGCAGCUCAGAUGCUCACUGAGACACCUACAGCACACAGAGCUGCUCUUCCAGAGGUACCAGUGCAGCUUCCUCCACACUCUGGAGCUGGGACGGCAGCUCUUCUCCAUGGGGGACGAGGAGACGCAGACACGGCUGCAGGAGGACCUGGGAACCCUGCAGGAGGACUGGGAGAACCUCCACAACCUGCUGGGCCACAGGAUGGACCUGACAGAAGCCAUAGUCCAGAACUGGGAGCGCUGUGAGGCAAAACUAGCCGAGCACAUGCUGCAGCUGAAGGAGAUUAAGACCAGACUGAACCAGUCGAUGCCUGAGAGCGACGAUGAGCUGCACAGUGCUGAGAAGUUCCACAAGGAGACCCAGGACUCCUUGGUGGACUGGGCUGAGAGCCUGACGGAGCUGAGCACCAUGAAGACAGACCUGUCCCAGUACAUCAUGGCUGAGGACGUUCUACUGCUGCAGGAGCAGGUGGAGCACCUGAGGUGUCAGUGGGAGGAGCUGUGUAACAAGGUGUCUCUACGUAAGCAGGAGAUCGCCGACCGCCUCAAUGCCUGGAUCAUCUUCAACCAGAAGAACAAGGAACUGUGUGAGUGGCUCACACAGAUGGAGAACACGGUGAUGGACGACUCCCAGCUCAACAUCGAGGAGAUGGUGGAGAAGCUGAAGAAGGACUGUAUGGAGGAGAUCAACCUCUUCAGUGAGAACAAAACCCACCUGAAGCAGCUGGGAGAGCAGAUCAUCACAGCCAGCAACAAGACCAAGGAGACGGAGGUCAACCAGAAGCUGAGCGACGUCAAUGACCGCUGGCAGCAUCUGUUCCACCACAUUGAAGCCAGGGUGAGGAAGCUGAAGGAGACUUUAGUGACGGUCCAACAGCUGGACAAGAACAUGAGUAACCUGCGAACGUGGCUGUCGUGCAUCGAGGCUGAGCUCUCCAAACCUGUCGUCUACGUCACCUGUCGCAGCGAGGAGAUCCAGCAGAAACUCUCAGAGCAGCAGGACCUGCAGCGUGACAUUGAACGGCACACUGAGAGCGUAACGUCUGUACUGACACUGUGUGACGUCCUGCUCCGUGAUGCUGACGCCUGUGGAGCAGGAGGAGACGGUGAGAAUGACUCCAUCCAGCAGACCACCAGGAGUCUGGACCGACGCUGGAGGAACAUCUGCGCCAUGUCCAUGGAGAGGAGGAUGAGGAUCGAAGAAACCUGGCGUCUGUGGUGUAAGUUCCUGGACGACUAUACUCACUUCGAGGACUGGCUGAAGGCGGCGGAGGUCACGGCUGCCAACCCUGACUCUGCUGAUGUUCUUUACACCAGCGCCAAGGAGCAACUAAAGAAGUUUGAGGCCUUUCAGCGUCAGGUCCACGAGCGUCUGACUCAGCUGGAACUGGUCAACAAACAGUACCGGCGCCUAGCCCGGGAGAACAGAACCGAUGCUGCCAACAAACUGAAGGUGAUGGUGGAGAAGGGAAAUCAGAGGUGGGACGUCCUCCAGAGGAGGGUGACGGCCGUGCUGAGGAGACUGAAGCACUUCACCUCUCAGAGAGAGGACUUUGAGGGAACUCGAGAAGGAAUCCUGGUGUGGCUGACGGAGAUGGACCUGCAGCUCACCAAUGUUGAGCAUUUCUCUGAGAGCCACUUUGAGGACAAGAUGAGGCAGCUCAAUGGGUUCCAGCAGGAAAUCACUCUCAACACCGACAAAAUCGACGCUCUGAUUGUGUUCGGGGAGAACCUGAUCCAGAAGAGUGCUCCUCUGGACGCUGCUCUGAUCGAGGACGAGUUGGAGGAGCUUCACUCCUACUGUCAGGAGGUGUUUGGUCGAGUGGCUCGUUUCUACCACCGCCUGGUCACCAGAAGACCAGUUCUAGAAGAACUCUCCGACCAGGAUACAGAUCUGGACGAACCGCCAGAUCUGACCGACAAGACAGUGUGGAGAGAAACCAAGAGAAAGAGGGUGGAGGACAUGGAGGAGGUUCCAGCACUGGGUGGAGUUUCAGCUGGAUGUCAGACCUUGUGUCACCUCCUGGUACCUCCACUGGAACCAUCAGGGAGGGAAACACCAGUGAGUGUGGACUCCAUCCCACUGGAGUGGGACCACACUGUGGAUGUGGGAGGAUCUUCAUCACAUGAAGAUGAGGAGGAGGUGACCUUCUUCACUGCUGUGUCAGUAAAAUCGGUGUUAGAUCCCCCCAGCUGGCACCAGCCCGACUCCCCCUUGAUGAACCGAGUUCUCAGAGGAAUGACCUCGUCUCCAGUUGGCUCCAGGAGCUCACCAUUCUACCAGCAGGGCUAUAUAAAACUGAUGUCAGACUGCAGCAGCAGCAUCAACAGUGUGAAGAAAGUCAAACUGAUUCUCAAUGAUGAGGAGGAGGCGGCGGAGCCAGAGGACGCAGGUCUGAGCAGCGGUGUAGCUGACGGACACUCGUGCUCAGGUGUCAUCGAGCGUUGGGAGCUGCUGCAGGUUCAGAAGCCAGUCUGCCGGGAGAUGGACGUCAGGCUAGACCUGCAGCAGUGGCAGGAGUUGAACUCUGACCUCGGUGAUGUCACUUCCUGGUUGGGCAGUGUGCUGCCAGAGUUGGAGAGGCUGCAGAGCAUCGCUCCGUCCGCCAGUGUCCAAGAGUUUGAGGUCAACAUCAGGAAACUCAAGGAGAUGCAGAAGAUGUUCAACAGCUACAAGUGCCUGAUGAUAUCAGUCAACCUGACAAGUCGUCACUUCCUGUGUGGAGGAAACAGCAGCUGUGAGGAGCUGCAGCAGAUCCAGGAGGCGCUGAGCUCAGCUAACAUCAGCUGGACUCAGGCCUGCAGUGGUCUGGGCCAGUGGGAGCAGAAGCUGAGGUCAGCGCUGAUCCAGUGUCAGGACUUCCAUGAGACGCUGCACUCUCUCCUGCUGUGGCUCGCUCAGGCAGAAAACAGGCUCCAGGCUUUAAACGUCAGCGAUUGCUCAGUGACUAAACCUGCUCUGCUGCAACAACGAGAUGCACUAAAUGAUCUACAGGAGAAGCUUCGUAGACGCCAGAGCCAGGCCUUAUCACUGCAUGACAUCUCAUCACAGCUCCUCCUGGAGGCCACAUGUGAAGACAGCCUGGAGGCCAAAGAGAAGGUUCAUGUCAUCAGCAACAAAAUCCGCCUGUUGUUAAGACAGGCCGACACCCAGAUGAACAGACUGCAACAGAGACUGAAAUCCUGCUGCUCUGACAUCAACUUUACUGGUCUGGAAGGAGUCUGUGACAUAGGCCACAAGGCUGAAGCAGCAACCGUCCGAAUGUCUGCAGAUCAGAGGCAUCAGAGACCAGACUCGCCUCCACUGCGACCCUUCCUCUCCCGAGUCCUUCGUGCUGCAUUCCCUCUGCACCUGCUGGUCCUGUUUCUGCUGGUCCUGGUCUGCAUGGUCCCUGUGUCCCAGGACCACUUCAGCUGCACGCUGUCCAACAACUUUGCCCGCUCAUUCUACCCCAUGCUGCGAUACACCAAUGGACCGCCACCCACGUGAAAGCCACAUACAGUCACUGAACUUUUACAUCUGACAGACUCCAGAUUUUUUUUAACUUAUAUGUUUAUUUAUAGAAGAUUCGAUAAAAAAGCCAUAAUGAUUAGAACCAGCAACAAAAAAAUUCUAAUCCAGUCCACAUAAAUAAGCUAUUUAACUAAAAAUAUAUAUUUUGUCUACCAAAUUUUCUACAAUCCAAUAAUCUUUGAUUAUUAAAAGUGAAGUGGACCAUAUUAGGUAUCCAGAAUGUAGGCCUUAUCAAUGCUAAAACAGAUGCUCAACCCCAGGACCAAUGGUGGACCAGACAAAAACAGUCCUGUCCAUAUUUGGAAUUAUGGAAUAGGAGUAACAUUCUUGAAUUACACAAAAUUGUCCAACCCUAAUCUGGGAUGUUAAAUGUGGUAGUCCACCUUCUAUUCCCACAUAGGAUAUGAAAAUAUACCUGACCAACAUCUGGUGACCAGUAGUAGAACCACAUUCAAAUGUUAUUCUGACCUCACAUCUUGGUGAAAUGUUUGCUACAUUAUUUAGGUUGUAUGUUGGACCUCAGAGAUGAUGUAGACCACAUCUACUGUUCUGAAGGUAGGCCACUUCAACUUCGCUUUCUUAAAACUAGACAUAUCUGGUCCACAUCUGGUGUCCAGAUGUUGAAUCCAAGUUUUUUAUCUGGCUUGAAUGGAGUGUAUAGAAUGUAGGCCACAAUCCAUGCAGCCAACUGCAUGAUUUUGCAGUUAUUAUCAUUGUACUCUGUUCCAUGGUCUGGUCGACAAUGUCAUUUGGUCCACAUUUUUUAAGACCCGUGGUUCACCAGGCUAACCUGUCUGAUCUCCCUCUGGUAUCCAGAACAUGUCUGUUCUUGUAGUCCUUUGUCUGAACCCUAGGCUGAUUAUCGGACAAAGUUAUGUAAUUAAGGUAAUUAAGAAUAUGGUCUCAACUGUUUUGUCACUGUGAACAAACAAAAAAUCUGUUCCAUAUCUGGUAUUCAGAAUGUGGGUCACAUCAUUCUGAAACUAGUAGACCAGCAGUAUCAUGUGGCCAACAUGUGACAUGUCCUAGAUUGUUGUUAAGGAUUAGUCUGUUCCACACCUUUAAAAACUGUUGGGCCACAUCAGACUGGGGGACCAUGUGUUCUGCUCCUUUUUAGAGGACAAAGCUUUGCAUUAGAAUGUUGAAGUCCACAUUUUCUGGCGUAUGUAUUCACAUGUCCACGGUGUGGGUCACAUUUUCCUGACCUGACUGUAGUUGAAGCCCAUACACAGUGUCAAUGUGGGAAUUAAUUAUCCAGUUUUUAUUCUGGGAUGUACUUUGUUUGGUCAGUGUUGACAUUAAACAACUUUGACUUUG